CCGGUUCUCCUUCCUAAGGUCUGCAGCCCAGUAAAGAUGGCGGCCCUCAGGGCUGUGUGCAGCCUCCGCGGUGUCGGGGCCCAGGUGCUGCGGGCCGGGUCUGGGAUCCGUCUGCCGAGUCAGCCCAGCAGAGGCGCUCGGCGAUGGCAGCCAGAUAUAGAAUGGGCAGAGCAGUUUUCGGGAGCUGUCAUGUAUCCCUCCAAGGAAACAGCCCACUGGAAACCUCCUCCUUGGAAUGAUGUGGAUGUUUUGAAGGAAAAAGUGGUGACCAACGUGACCCUGAACUUUGGGCCCCAGCACCCAGCAGCUCAUGGAGUCCUGAGACUCGUGCUGGAAUUGAGUGGAGAGAUGGUGCGGAAAUGUGACCCUCACAUCGGGCUCCUGCACCGAGGCACGGAGAAGCUCAUCGAGUACAAGACCUAUCUGCAGGCCCUUCCAUAUUUUGACCGGUUGGACUAUGUGUCCAUGAUGUGUAAUGAACAGGCGUAUUCACUAGCUGUGGAGAAGUUGCUAAACAUCCAGCCUCCUCCCCGGGCGCAGUGGAUCCGAGUGCUCUUUGGAGAGAUCACACGGAUUUUAAACCAUAUCAUGGCUGUCACCACACAUGCCCUGGACAUUGGUGCCAUGACGCCUUUCUUCUGGAUGUUUGAAGAAAGGGAGAAGAUGUUCGAGUUCUAUGAGCGGGUAUCUGGAGCCCGUAUGCAUGCUGCUUAUAUCCGACCAGGAGGAGUGCACCAGGACCUACCUCUUGGGCUUAUGGAUGACAUUUAUGAAUUUUCCAAGAACUUCUCUCUUCGGAUUGAUGAGGUGGAGGAGAUGCUGACCAACAAUAGAAUCUGGCGAAAUAGGACAGUCGACAUUGGGGUUGUAUCUGCAGAAGAUGCACUGAACUAUGGAUUCAGUGGAGUGAUGCUCCGAGGCUCAGGCAUCCAGUGGGACUUGCGGAAGACCCAGCCAUAUGACGUUUACGACCAGGUCGAGUUUGAUGUUCCUAUUGGUUCUCGAGGGGACUGCUACGAUAGGUACCUGUGUCGUGUGGAGGAGAUGCGCCAGUCCCUUCGAAUCAUUGAACAGUGUCUGAACAAGAUGCCGCCGGGGGAGAUCAAGGUUGAUGACGCCAAAGUGUCCCCACCUAAACGAGCAGAGAUGAAGACGUCCAUGGAGUCACUAAUUCAUCACUUUAAGCUGUAUACUGAGGGCUACCAAGUUCCUCCAGGAGCCACAUACACCGCCAUUGAAGCUCCUAAGGGCGAGUUUGGGGUGUACUUGGUAUCUGAUGGCAGCAGCCGACCUUAUCGGUGUAAGAUCAAGGCUCCCGGUUUUGCCCACCUGGCAGGUUUGGACAAGAUGUCUAAAGGACACAUGCUGGCAGAUGUCGUAGCCAUCAUAGGCACCCAGGAUAUUGUAUUUGGAGAAAUAGACCGAUGAGCAAAAGCACAGCCUGCGAGCUCCCUUGCCUGUCAGCUGCUUCAUCGAGCGAGGCCUUUGUGUGGUGGGAAAUGAGGCUGUGUUUCAGCAAACAAACAUGUACUCGUUGACUUAGCUGCACAGGCUUUCUGUGCAUGUACUAGAAAUGGAGAAAUUAUAUUAAAUUAGCCACCUUUGGCCCCUAAACUCAA